AUGUCUCGCGUUGUUGCCUCCCUUGCACUAUGCUCAUUAGCAGGAAUCUUGUUCUGUUUACUUGCCAGUUUAAGGGUCGUAGAGGAUCUUUCACCCCAAGGAUGUCGCAUGUCAUGGAUGUCCCCUUCAUACAUUCUACAAUCCAACUUUAACUCGAGCUGGACACCUUUGGCACGACGUUAUUCGCUGUAUCUCUACCGUGAGGUGGGAUGGGAAUCGAAUGAGAUCCAUAAGGGCAUUCCAGUUCUUUUCAUUCCGGGCAACGCUGGAUCGUCUAGACAAGUUCGGUCAAUAGCCUCUUCGGCGGCAAGACAAUAUUUUUAUCAACCAUACACGCCGUCGAGCGAGCUUGUUUCUCGUGGGAUAGAGCCAUUAGAUGUGUUUGCUGUGGAGUUCAACGAAGACCUCUCCGCCUUCCAUGGCCCUACACUUGAAGCUCAGACCCAAUACACCUCUGAUGCCAUACGAUAUAUCCUUUCUCUAUACCCGAAAAAUACUCAAAUCAUCAUAAUGGGCCAUUCAAUGGGCGGAAUCGUCGCUACAUCAUUACUUCCAUCCGAAGAUAUUUCCGCAAUCAUAACGAUGUCAACACCACAUACACUUCCCCCAGCACGCUUUGACCAACGUAUUGAUGCGAUUUAUAAACGCAACCAACAUAUUCUGGCUUCGGACCAGACGCCAAUAUUAUCUUUGUGUGGAGGGGCGACGGAUAUGAUGGUCCCUUCGGAAUCCUGCAUCCUACCCCUUCCUAAUACCGAUACCGCGAAUCCUUUUAGAAGAACAAUAUUCUCCUCCGCUUUAGAAGGUGCUUGGACUGGUGUCGGCCAUAGAGAGAUGGUUUGGUGUCAUCAAGUGCGAUGGAGGAUUGCAAGAGCGGCUCUCGAGCUUUCGAGUGCAACUUCUCUUGCCGAAAAAGCAAGUAUGUUGGAUGUUUGGUUGAGGGAUGGACAUAUCCUCCCGCAACCUGCAUCCACCAUAUCGCAAGUUAUCGAAGGAAUCGAAGAGUCCCUAUCCCCUCGGCAAUUGCUCACUCUCAAGGUUCCUCGAGGACCGCGAAGAUACCUUCUCCCUGUGACAGCUUCUCAUCCUCGAUUUGUUCUGUUUGUUUCGCAAGGGUCCAUUCCCCCGGUUUCACCGCAGAAUCCGAACUCACUUGAGGUUUCUGUCCGAUUGUGCUCCAAAGUACAAGGAAUACCUGACUGUCAUUCACUGAUUCCUAUCACGCACAAGCUCAUCCCAAACCCAGUACCAGGACACAGUUUUCCGGUUCCUGAUGAGGGCACGGACGAAUCCGAGGGAGUCGUCCUGUUUGAGGCGGAAAUUUCACCGUCGUCGGAGGGAUUGUGGGUAGCAGUUGAUAUAAAUAAAGCUGAUGGUGAUGGAUGGGUCGUGGGGGGAUUCAUUUCGAACGAGAGUGUUGUUAACACUAUUUCGAUCUUUGGAUUAAUCCUCGGCAAAGUUGCUGUGAAACUAUCCGAGUUUCAAACCCUACGAACGACUGUCAAAUUUCCGAAUCUAAUAGAGAAUGCUCUUAUCGUGUAUCGGGUCACACCUGUGCAAGGGUCAUCUUCAUCAGAUACGCUAUUACACCCACUUCUAGCACAUACUUCCCAUCCCUCAGAGACCCAUUAUUUUCCAUUGGCCCCUCUUCCACCUCGGAGGAUACUCCUUCAUACCCAUUCCGCGGCUCCUUAUAUACACACCCACACUAUCAGCGGUUUAGAAAUCGUCAUUUAUUCCUCUGAUGUUUCAGGUUCGUUACGAGGUUUCGAACUGGGUAUCGACUGGAUGGGAACGUUCGGCAGAUGGUCCUCCAGAUAUCUCACAACAUUACCGUGUUGGGUUAUCGGUGUAGUUUCUUUGAUCGUUUUCGAAGCUUGGAGUGUUGGAGAUCAUGGUGCUGCCAUACCGACCGUGUACCAGUCCUUACGAGGUUUCGGAAGGAGGACGUACCCUAAGCUACUGAUCGCUUCUUUCUUGGCUUCUAUACUUCCUCUUCCCGCCGACUAUUAUUUGGGCAAUUCUGGAGUCCUAGUGUUAGCACCGAUAGCACCGGUACUUCUCACAAUUGCUACCGGGCUGGUCUCCAUCAGCUGGGUCCUCCUGAAUGUCAUUAUGUGGCCAGUCGGAAAGGUUGGAAGAUUAUUCUCUCGAGGACAACGACAGGAAGUGACGAGCGCUCGCAGAAGCGCGCUCAUCUCAAUGUGCAUACUUUCCGUGUUGAUAUUCUUGUUCAUCCCGUGGCAGGUGGCUUAUCUCAGCUGUUGGAUGAUCCAUCUCUACACCUGUGCCUCCGUAUCGCCGAUGGACGAUAUCGAUGAACCGAUCCCGCUUCUCACUCAGAACGAGGAUGAGGACGAGAACGAUAAUGAAAGUGAAGAUGAAGGUGACGCCGUUCAGCAGCGCCGUUCUAGACUUGGUCAACUCCGAGUCACACGAGAUAACAACAAUUACAACUCACACACAUUGUUAUUCAUGACCUGGUUGCUUCCCCUAGCUGCCCCAGUGCUUGUCGUCUGGGUGAGAACCCUGGUAACUGCAGGUCUCACGACACCCUUCGAUGGAGAUCACUUUUUCGUGAACGUCGUGCCGUUUUUAGUCAUGGUGGACUUUGCUUCUUGGAAUUCGAGUAGUCCGAUGUAUCAGAAAUCAAGUUUAGAGAAGUAUCUCAGUAUCGGGUGGGCGUUCCUGCUGGUGGCAGGCGUUGCGUUCUUUAUAGGGCCACGAUGGGCGUACCAUGUUUUUGAUGUUGCCAGAAUCGUAGUAGGAGUUUUAGUCGUGAUACGGAUAGGGCCAAGGUAUUGGGGUCGCUGA